AUAUAUCUGCAUUUCGGAACAAAGAGGCGACGUAUGGAGUUAACAAAGUCGCAUAUCAUGGCGACGACAUUGUCAACGGUAUCCGAGAUGAUAUCCGAAAAUGCGACAAUUUUCGCAACAACCGUUGUAAGCGCGGUUGAAAUGAACAACACGACAACAUCAAAAAUUGAUGAUUAUAAAAACAUAGUAAAUUUCAACAAUACUGGAAUAAAUACGACGAACAUGACAACAGACGUACUAAACAAUUUUAUACAAUCCAUAGAUGACCCUCUUCCUGAUUUCAGUUAUGAGGACUAUAAUUAUUUAAAUGAAAUGAAAAAAGUUGGGCAUUUGGAAAUGGCACUUAAAGUAUUCUUCUAUUCUAUUAUCAUAUGUCUGGCGCUUGUCGGAAACACUCUAGUUAUCUUCAUAGUAUGGAGAAGCAAAUCAAUGCGAACGACUACGAACUACUACAUCGUGAAUCUAGCGGUGUCUGACAUUUUGGUUACGCUCUGUUGCUCGUGGGUUCACCUUGUUGAUGACCUAUCAGAGGGAUGGGUGCUUGGACCAAUCUUUUGUAAGAUCAACUCGUUUGCGCAAGUUCUAGUGCUCGUCUCAAGCACUCUGACGUUAACCUUAAUCGCCUGUGACAGAUUCUUCGGAGUGAUGUUUGCCAUGCGGGCUCACAUGACCGAACGACGGGCCAGUUUCUUCAUACUAGCAGUGUGGUUGUCAUCGUUCGCCAUAGCGACACCUUUACUUGUAUAUCGGGAACAGUUGGACAGACAAUGGAAAGACCAUCAUGAAAUAUGGUGCAACGAUGCGCAUGCGUGGCCUAAAAGUGCUAGGAUGAUAUACUAUUGCGUUGUUACUCUGCUUCUCUUCUUUCUCCCAUUGGGGAUAAUGGGUGUUGGUUAUUCGCUCAUAAUCUGGCGUCUCCGUUCAACGCAUGUGCCAGGAGAACACGUUUCUGACCGUAAUUACCAACAUAAAGUCAAAAAGAGGGUUGUGCUGAUGCUAAUCAUAAUAUUAGUGCUUUUUGCUGUUUGCUGGGGUCCAAUUCAAGGAUAUAUUCUCUUCGCUGAGUUCCGAAUGCAACAUCAGCGGCCGCUACCAAGUUGGUCGGAACAAUUCCACUUUUACGCCAGUGCUUUGGCUUUUUCCAACAGUGCCGUUAACCCGUUCAUCUACGCUGGAUUCAACGAUAAUUUCAGAAAAGGAUUUAAAGAAGUUUUCAAUCUGCGCAUCAUCCGCAGACGGUACAGUGCGUUCGAACUAAGGACAGAGUCCAUCUACCAGAGUUCUAGUAUCUCCAGACACUCCGCGCGGACCUGUGAGACGACAAAUGGUGUCGCAGGAAGCAGGGCGUCUUCCCGUCGGUCGGGAUCGCGUUCCCAAUGACUACCAGUAAAUAGUGCCAUACAUUAUAUGAACGUUUGUAAGGUGUAUGGAAUUAAAGCAACACGUUCGAAAGAGCAAAACAAUUGGAUGUUUUGAACAAUUCAAACGUUAGACAUAAAAUUUCUGAUCAGCAGUAAUGAUUCUUCAUCGUAGUUGGCUGAACUAAGAGUGAACACGUAUUUGGCCCUCGAGCUAUCAAAUACUACACUAAAGGGGGCACUACUCCCAUAGUUUAUUUUACAGUGUGCCCAGCGGGGGCUACAUACAAUGGUAACAUCACCCUUACAGUAUAUUAUGACAUUGCAUCCUGUAAGGGCCACACAUAAGAAUGACAAUCGUAUUACUUUAUUUUACACAUUGGGUCGAGAAGUAUAGGGAGAACAGACAAUAUUAAAUAUACAAGUAUUAUAUACUGGAUCAUGCGUGGGUCGCGAAUAAUAAGGACAAUCUCUCAUAAUUUAUUUUACACAUUAGAUUCAAAAAGGCCCGCUCUUAGAAGGAUCUCUCGUACUGUAAUGUUGGAUAGCAGCAAUAUAUUUAAGUGGUAGGCAAUGCUCUCGCCACAAUAAUUUCUUCCCAUGAUUAGAUGAAACGUUGGAUGCCUGUUAGAUUUGUUUUGGGUUACCUUUUCUGGCUUACCCUGUACUAUAAUGCAUUAUUUUACCAAAC